AUGUCUGAUCAACUGAUGCUGAGUCUCCAAGUUCCAGCAACAAGUACCGUCAAACCUCCUCAAACCCCUAGAUCUACAUCAACUACAAAUAAUUCAUUCUUAGCAUCAGGAAGUCAUCAUAAACAUCAUCAAAGCAUAACUCCUUCCUUCACGUUUGGGCUCAACUUCCUGCCUUCCUUCCAAUUCCAAUCACCUAUACAUUCGGUAUCACCGCAGAAGUUCUUUAAUGUUGCAAAUAAUCUAAACAAAGCUAUUACUGGAUCCACCCUUAGUAAGAAGUUAACCACCACCGCCACUACUACAGCAACAACUCCCAGCAUUAAUAAUAAAGAUAAGCAACCUCCUAUCACGGUGACGGUUACUACUCCUUCAAGAUUAGCUAAUCGAUUUAUGGAUUCCUUAAGAAGAACCAAGAGUGAAGUAGAUACUAGUAUAGGUUCUGAUCUUGCCGAAAUUGAUAACGAAUCUGUUGAUGAUUCCAUACGAACUCAAGAUGAUAGCUUAAGUUUAUUCUCUGGAACUUUUGUUAAUGAUUCAAUCAAUGCCAGUGUUAGUCAUCCUAAUUUAACUUCAUUAUCUUCUAUCUAUGAAGACGAUGAUGUGAAAGAAGGAGUUGUACAAAAUCCAACAUCUGAUGAUAAUACCUUCUUAACUCCUAACAAGUUGAUCUUAGCAGUCGAAAACAACAAUAACAUCAAUAAUAAUAAUAAUAAUCAAACUCCAAGUCGUUUCACAGCAACUAUGAGUCUUGCAUCUGCACCUGCAUUAGUUCCCAUAAAACCAAAGAUAGACAAUAAUGCUACCGACGCCAUAAGAAAUAGCAUUAAAAGGAGAAAAUUGUCAGCUGUAGCUGAACGUAAUAUCCAAGACUCUCCUAAUAAUUCAAUUGCAUCUCAAAUCGAUUCUACAGUGGAUUCCCCUAUUCAAAAGAGGAAAUUGUCGAUCGAUUCUGUUAAUACUUCAGCUGACAGUGGUGACAAAGUAUGGUAUGAUGAAUUGGAUGAAGUCUUAAUCAAAUCCUUUUUAAAAUAUAGAAAUUUCCGUGAAAAUCAAAAAGGAUAUCAUUUAUCAUCUGUGCUUAAAAACACAUCUCAAAAUAAAGUAUUAUCAAGAAUGAUUUUUAAUAAAACUGGUAUUUUAAGAACUUCAAAACAGAUCUCAUCUCGUUUAUUUAGAUUAUCAAAGCAAAAUAGACUAGAUAAACAAAAAUCAUCCGCUCCUUCAUUCACCUCAUCAAUGGAGAUUUCAUUAAAUGAUGAAUUUCUGGAUUUAAUGCAGACUCCAUUAGAUGAUUUCAUUUCAAAUAGUCAGUUACAUGGUUCAGGUUCGAUGUCUGGAUCCACUGGUAAUCUUAAUGAUUCAAUGGAUUCCAUCAAAACUAAUGAAAUCAUAGAUCAAGAAUUAUAUGCAUUGUUAUCAUCUCCUCCUAAUGAGUUAUUGGAUGAAUCUAUUCAAUGUAGUUUGAGACUUCAAGAUUUAAAAAUCCAAUUCAUAAAUCAUUCAAAUUCAUCUGACAAUCAUACAUUUGCCAAAUUGAAUAAAAUCCUGCAUUCGUCAUUACCAUUAAUAUCUGCACCUUCAAAGUUUAAUCAGCAUCUCAUUCAACCAGAUUUAUUAUUACGUUUGAAUCAAUCCGCUGUUCCUAUUUGGUAUUUGACUCAUGAUAUAAAUAUCAACAUAACUACUUCGCAUCAACUUGUAACUUCAACUCCAAUUUCACCGUUUAAUAACCAAGUUCAACCACAAUUAUCAAAUAAUCAAUCAUUCAAUCUCUUAAAUGGAGUAUUUGAAUCAUUUAUGAAGAUUGAAAUCGAGGCCAAUUCUAAUACUCAACAAUCAAUGUUAAGUUGGAAGUCAUAUACUAAGAUUUUUUCUAAUAAUAAGGAAGUAUUAUUGGAAAAUGUUGAGAUUGUUAAUGCUUAUUCUGAUUUAUUGGGCCAAAAGUAUAAUUUACAAUAUCCAUUAUUAAAGAGUUUCUUUGCAGGCUAUUUAAAUUUUUUAAUUAAUGGAUCAUUUAAAAAUGGUGUGGAUAAUUUAACCAUUGUUCAAGUAUUAUAUCAGAACAAUAAUGACGAUGUUAAAUUUGAUCAAUCUAAUUCUACUAUUUAUGGAUGUUUCAUUCACAAUGUUAAGUUUAAUCAAAGUAAUUCGCCUGGUUCAAUUGAUCUUGAAAUUAUAAAUUUAACAGAUAAAGCUGUCCUCGAAACCAAUCAAACUCCUGAAAAUGUCAAUGAUUCUCAAAUACAAAUACAAAUUCCAAAAGAGCAGCACGAAGAAGAUGAUGAUAAUGAAACUAUCAUGGCUGAUUCAUCACCAUAUAAGCCAUCUCCUAGAACUGAUCUUCGUGAAUCACCAACCAAGGGUCCUGGUCCUAAUUUCCUUUCAAUUGAUAUGGAUAAAGUUCAUGCUGUUGGAAAUAUUGAUGGUCCUCAUACAGCUCCAAUUUAUAAUGCUGAUAUUGUUCAUAAGUACAAUAAGAAUAUGUUAAAGCAACAAGAACAAUUACGUAUUCAGAUUAAGAAUCAUCAACAUCAACAAGGUUAUGUAAAUGAAGGACAAGGUGAACCUCCUCAUUCGGCACCAGGGGUCAUGAAUCAAGGAUUCCCCUUGCAACUAGGACAAUCCCAACUUCAACCUCAAGCACCAAUGACGGCACCAAUUGAACAAAAAUCUGCAUUUAUGCUGAUGCCUAUGAAUUCAAACCCACAAUUUAUACAGCAACCUUUUGUUCAGCAGCAACAACCACAACAUCAACAGCAGCAACAACAACAACAACAACAACAAUUGAUGGUGAAUUUAGGUAGUGGAUUCGUUCCUUUUGCUAGUUUGCACCCUACAUUGCAAGAACAAUUUAUGCUGGCUCAUAGACAGUUAGAAAUGCAAAGACAAGGUCAACAGCAAUAUAUGUUACAACAACAACAACAACAACAAUUAUUUAUGAAUGAUAUCUCAGGUCAAGCACAAUAUUAUAGUGCUCCACAACAACCUAUGCUUCAACAAGUUCCAGUUCAACAACCUCAAGUACAACAACCCCAACGAGCAUUACCAGUCGUUGCUGCUAAUAAAUUUCCUAUAAUAUCACGUAAUUCUUCAACUACAUCAAUUUCAAGCACCAAGGAUUCUAAUAAAGAGAAUAUCAAACCUAAAGAAAUAAAGUUUGGUCCAAUCUUAGAAUAUGAUCCAUCUAAGGAUUCAAAAUCAAUCCAACAAAGUAAAACCUCAAAACAAGCUAACGGGGUUCAUAGAUUCCCAAUCAACACUCCUGUAUCCAUUUAUAAACCAAAGAAAAGUAAGUAA